AUGGGAUCAAUGAUAGAUAUUAGAGACGGAACUGAAUCCGAGAAUUCUGCUGGAGCCGCCAGUCUGGUAAUGUCUACAACGGGAAAGGUAACAUAUCCACGGACGGGGCUCCGAAAGAAUAAAAAAGCUAGUAUCCUGAGAGAGAGGCGUAACCACUUCUUGGCCCUAGAAAUCUCGUCUAAUAGAGGAUACCACGGAUACCAAGGCAUUUCAAUCAAUUUCAUUUAUUUUACAGGGGCGUUUCAUAGACAAGGCUCAAAAAAAUCACUGUAUUUGACUUUUUGA